AUGCAUGGUUUAUCGUCAGACACAGAAGUACAAGUUUUGGCAAACACCUUGACCUCCAUCGAAACACCACUAUUUGAAGCAAUCUUGUGGCUUGCUCGUACCCUUGAACAUCAUCUUCAGUUCAUCACAAUCUUCCUCAUGUCUACAGAAGCAAAAGGAGAAACAAAACCUUUGAGCACCCCGUCUUACUCCUCAGAUGUUGACGAUGGAGUAGUGAAGGAUGUAGUCCUAUGGAGAAGAAAGAAACUAAAUGCAAUCGUUAUUGUAGUUGCAACAGCAGCAUGGGUGUUGAUGGAAGUAUUUGAAUUCAACUUCAUCACUGUCAUCUCAUGGGUUGCCAUACUCGUUGUUGCUUCAAUAUUCCUCUAUGCCAAUAUGCGUAGACUUUUGGGCAAGGAACCACCAAACUUGUUGAAGUUGGAAUUAACCGAAGAAACAACUAGAAGAGUAGCAAACAAAGUUCGAGCAUGGAUUGAAGAAGCAAUAAGGUGGAUGUUCCUUGUGGGUGCAAGGAAAGAGUGGCCAGCAUUUGUGGGGGUGGUGGCUGGAUUGUUGUCACUGGCUUACAUAGGAAGUUGCAUGGACCUCCUUACUGUAGUUUAUAUUGGUGUAUUAGUGGGAAUGGCAAUUCCAUUAACAUAUGUGAAGAACGAGGACAAGAUCAAGAGAUUUGGGGAGUGGUUGAAGGAGAAAUACAAGAGAUGUUACCAGAUUAUUGAUGAGAAGACUGUUCAGAAGAUCAAAACCAGAAUACCCAAGGAGAAGAAAGCAGAGUAA